UACAUGAGGGAGGACUGAAGAAAGAUCACCACAUUGUAUACAGUUAUUACUAUGAGGCAUUUGCUACAUUCAUAAAGAUUGCCUGGAGGACAAACAGUGGGCUGUAACAGAAGGUCCAGCUGAAAUGCAAUGACAGACAUAACAGCAAACAGAUUUGCAGGGCUGUGAAGAAAGAUUUUGAACUUCAUGGAAGCUAGUGAUGAAAUCUUCAUUCAGUGCUUGCUACAGUAUAUAUGCAACUUUGCUGCCACAGGAAGGUGAAUGCUUUGCAAUUAUGUUCUCUGCAGGGAAAAAUCUACAGUAUUCCUGGCACACUGGUGUUCAAUUCUCUCUCUGCUGUGUCUGGAUGAAUCUUGUAAUAGUAAAAAGAUUGAUGUUUCAGGAAUAUGCUUUCAGGAUUUGAGAUCUCAUUGGCUGAGUCUGCAGUGUUCAUUUAAACAUCCAAGAAAAAGCCUGUUGAUUUGAGGACACACUUGAAAUGUUAAGGAAUGGCUGUUGGAAGGAUUUGCAGUCUGAAGGACCAUCCCACUUGUUUACUGUGAAACAGCAUGUGUGAUCCCAGAUAUGUUGCGGUCACUGGGACUUUUGUCUGAAUAAGGAGUGCAAAACUGAAUGUCAUAUGAAUGACCACUGCAGAAAGGAAAUUCCACUUGGACAAUCCUCAUCGUUUUGAAGUUGCAGCUCCCCAUUACCACAAAGCAAGCUCAGGAAAAUCGAGAAAACGAAGAGGAAGUGGGCCAUUCCCCUUUUGCAGGGAGUAACUCAGUUGGUCAAAUGUUGAAAAAAACGGAAGAGUUGGGAGGGAGAAAACCGUGGAAAAAUGUUGACACACGUGACUUUGCAGUGAAGCACCAUCCAAGGCAUUUCACCUGCUCAUACAGUUUCACCUGCUUCUCUCAGCAAGUUGCCAGUUUGCUCCUGAGAGAUUGAGCAAAUCUUACUCUUCCUGCAGGACAAGUGGUCAUUUUCAGCAUGAGUCAACAACGUGAUGUAAUUUAAUCUCUUCACAAAGCAGAAGUUGAGGCAGAGUUGUAAGGCUGUUUAGUUCUGACUGAAUUGAAUUUUGACAGAACUUGGAAGGGGAAUUGAAAAGGUCCUCCAAACAGUCAAAACUGCAGUUACAAGCAGACUUGGUGUAGAAGUGGACAAAUCAGACCACAGCCUGAAGAGGAAGACCAAGAGAGAGAAUCAGUGUGCCACUUGGUAUCUGGCAUUUUUGUUGGAUGAUGGAACUUCUCAGUGACCCAGAUGCAUGAAUUUUCAAGUAGAAAAUUCUGGAUUUUAAUGAAUACACGAGUCAUUUCCACUCGUUGCUAUAUGUCUUGUCAUUUCUGCUUAUAUUCUUGCCAUGUUGAUAGCCCUGGUAAGUCUGACACAAUACACAACACAGGAAGACAGCAAUAGGGAAACACUGCAAGUGGUUUCUCUCUUCAAAUGAAGUUCUCUGGAGGGGAAAAUCAAAGUGGCUUAAAAUUGAUUUAUUAUGAUCUGGUUUUAUUUGUUUGGCUGUCAAAUCCUGAAUAAGUAAACUGGAGAGGAAAAAAAAAACCUCUCCAGGCCCCCCCACCUCCCACCAAUUCUUUCCACAGAACCUGUGCAAAUGAAUUCUACUGGGGAUUUGUUGGCUGGGAGAAAGGCUGUUCAUAUGAGCUAAACUCGAACACAUCUGCAUUCAUUAGUCAUAAACAAUCUUUGGCCCUUUACCAGAUGGGGAUAUACAGCAACAUAUUGCUGAAUCACUCGGAUAACUAGCAUAUAACUGAAGAAAAGUAGGAAGAGUCUGGUUGCUAUCAGAGGGGAAAUACAGCUCCCAGACUUUUUUUUAGCAUGUUUUUCCACAGUGACUUUGGUAAUAUUUUUAAAAGUAGUUGCGUAUUUUACCGUUGCACAGGGAUUACACUCAGAAACACGUUUCUACCUGUGUUUACCUCGUUAUUUUCGUUAAAUAGUACUCUUAACAAAAAUACAACUAAGAGCACAAAUGAGUACAUAGCCACAGUAAUGAUAACACUUGAGGGUUGUUUUUUUUUUUUUUUAUCUUACACUAAGAAUUUGAUCACUAAAGAUUAUCUGAUUUUGUCAGGCUUCAGUUGGAUCUCCUAAAUGCAUUGGAAGUUCUUCUGUAUAAGGAAGCUCUGAAAACUGUAUGAAAUUGUUGUAACUGUAGUGUCAUACUGAAGUGAAACUGGGUGAUAUGUAGAAUAGUAACUGGUUAUAGGAGCAGCCUUACAGAAGAGAGUAACUAGGAGCUACCUCCAGUGUCCAGUCAGACUGUGGCUGUAGGCUUUUGCCUGCUGGUCUAACUGCUGAGCGUGUGCAUCAGAGCAGUAACACUGACCAUUUGGUAGCUCACAAAAUUAGUGUGAGAGUCUGCAAUUAGGCCAGAUUAGUCUGACAGGUGCUGUACUAAUGUAUUGUAUAUGAGGCUUCUAACCUCAGAAAGAAAAAAGGUUGAAUGAAUUCUGUUAGCUGAGUAUGGUGUUUUAAGUGAGGAUUCCUGAGGACAGUCUCUCUCGCAUGGCAAACUUUGAGGUAGGGAAAGGCUCAUUUUCAAAGUGCAUUAAGAGGGGAAAUAGCGUGGAAAAUAAAUUAAACUGUAAAGAUAGACUAUGCAAAGCCAUUGACAGGUAAAUGAAAAAGAAAUGGAGGAGUGUGUCAAAUGGAAAAUUAAGUGCCUUAGCUGGCAUUUGCAACAGAACCAUCAAGUACAAUAAAAGCUGGUCUCUGCACCUGCAUUUAAUACAAUAAAAGAUCACCCAGUGAGAGUUCGACUCGCUGAAAGAAAUGAGCAGGCAGUUUUCACAAUUGAGUCCUACAAAAGGAAACCCCCUAAGUUUCCAGGGAACUGAUAAUAUUAAUCAAAUACAUUCUGUGCAUGUAGAGUAAAAGAAAAUAUCCUUCUCAUUCUUCACUGUAAUAGGUCAGGAAAAGGAUUACUGAGAAACAUGUAGCACAGAUAAUUAGGCAGCAGUCAAUUCUGUAUCUUAAAUGAGAAUGUCUGAUUUGAGCAAAAGUUCCCCUCAGAUGUGUUCUUUAAGUGCUGCUGGUAUGCUACUCGUAUGACUUAGGUUGGUGAGACUGCUAAACAUCUGCUGUACUCGAAAUAUCCAUUUUUAUCAGGGUUAAAAAUUUUAUAGAUAGAUGGAUAGCAGAAAAUUCUGCAAACAAUGGUUCAGUUUCAUAGCAGUGUGUCCUAAAUGUGCCUAGAAAUACAGCAGUUUAGCUGACGGUCCAUAACAAAAAUCAGAGCAGAACAUCAUAGAUGGAGCAGAAAAAUGCUGUUGUUUUAGCCGCAUUUGGCUAAGCCAGUUGCAGCAUAGAUUAAUUUUUAGAAAUGAUGGCUUCAAAUCCCCAACGGAUGUGUAUAAUAUCCUCUACAGGAUCCGGGGAAACGAAAGACGUUAUCUCUGCAUUGCUUUCUGAGCUUGUUGCCUCAUUUUUAGCAUUGAAGUUGCAGCAACGGGCCUUAUUGUUUCCCUUAAAGAAGUGUUGGCAGUGGCCGUGAGACUAAUGGAAAAUCUCCCAUGCCUGAGGGGGUUCUGAAAUUAUUCUGAAAUUCUCAUUUGCGGAGGAGAGAUUUGCUUCCUUGCUGUGCAUGCUAUAUCUCCACUGCUUUCCCAGCUCAUUUACUUGUGAGAAGUGCUUUUCUUUUUCUUGCCCUGUACAGAAUAGUAGUUGUACUUCCAACUGUCGGCAGUUCCUGAUGCUUUCAUCAGCUGUUGGCCCACACUGUGAGUGUGUGUAUGUGAGAUGGUGAGCCUCCAGCCACCUCUGAGGUGCGUGGGUUGCCAAAUCAUACACAUCUGGAGUUGCUUGUUCUCUGAGGGUGAAACCCAUCCCAGCACAGGACAGCGAGAGGCAUGUUUGUUUUCCCAGACACAAGUUACUGGUAGUAGUUAAAGACAUCUCUGUACUGAAGCCACUGCUUACAGCACAUGGAACAAAUUUCAAAGCACAUGAGCCCUUCGAAGAGGAAAGUGUCCUUAUUCACCCCAUAACCUCUGUUUGGUCCUGUCCUUCCCAGAGAUGUCUCUCAGUCCUAACUUUCCCAUAUGAAGUGGCACAUAUCAUAUUUACAGAAAGCUUUUGCCUCCAGCUCUGCUUUUAGACAAGAAGUCCUGUACCCUUGGAUGCUCUGGUCACAAGGAGCCAAAGGAGCAGUUUGUUUCUUCAAUAGGUCUGUUUUACUGUAGGUUUUUUAAUAAGACAUGCCUGUGACAUGACUGGAACCUGGGGAAGGCUCAUCGGCAGUGUUGCGUAAUGCUUGUGUAACUGCAGGCAGGACAGCUGCCUCGGUUUUACUGGUGACCCUACAUGGAGUUGCUCUUUGACUUGAAAGAAGAAAUGUAACGUAAAGACCUUGCCAUUGGGUAAGUGCCUGCAUGCAUGCUUGUGAGGGCCAUCCUUAGGUCCUCCAGGGAGCUAUAUGUGAUCUCUCAAACACCUGCCCUGCCAUCUGACUCGUUUUCAGUGGCUGACACUGCAGUUGGUUCUAACAGGCAGGUGUGGCUUGAGCUGUGGUGCUCCCUGAUCCUGCCACUUGAAUGCACAGGGUGGUUAUUGAAAUUACUGAACCAUUCAGGAGUUGAUACAAAGGCUCAAAAACAGAGGGGGGCGGGGGGAAUGGCAAACAAACUGAAAAGAGGAGAGAAAAAAAAAAAAAAAGAAAAACCCCACUGCAGCUGGAGAUGAGGAAGCAUGCUAAGCGUUUCUGAACAGAAGACUUAGCAUGGCAAGAGAGGAGUUUGCUUAGGGUAAAAUGCUUACACUAAUCCUGAGCACUGGAUCCAACUGGGGAAAAAUGCAACCAAUGGAUAGAAAUAGGAAGCAGCCGUAGUUUGCAGACCCUUUCUGAUACGUCUUACUGCUCAUAUUUGUUGUUUUUCGUUUGCUGUUUCAGUGCAUCGCUUGAUUUUUCUUUUCUUUUUUAUAUUUGAAUUUGAGUUGGAGCAGGGUUUUAGGUAAUAGGGUCUCUUUUCCUUUGGAUUGUUACAGGAUUCCUGCCAGUAGCGCAUGCUAGAGGAGAUCAUCCAAGGCUGAGCUGCAAGAUUUGGUCUCUGUGCAUUUGCAAAUCUCCUUUUCUUCACUUUGUCUGUCUCUUACUAACACAGCUGCUGAGCCCUAAAUUACGCUUAUGUGAUCAGAAAGGAGACCAGUAGGUGGCAGCUUUACCCAAGUAAUAAACAUUUAGUAAUAAGCAAACAGAAAUGUGUGUGUAAACAUUAGCUGCAGAAGUGGAUUUCUCUCGCUUUUACUUAACUUAGAGCUUUUCCUUAUACUCUGUUGCCCCUUCAGGCAGUCGAUGGUAGGGUGUCAGGAACACUGACAGCUGUCAUUAAGUGACUGACUCCUGCUGGAGUCAGUGGUACUGUAUUGGACUCAAAAUCAAUUCCGGUCUUUGCAUUCAGCAGGGAAUUGCCCUGAGUGUAUGGGGACUGUUUCCCUUACACAUGCAGCUGGGAUCAUUCAACUCUAGAUACCUCUGCAUCCAAAGGCUGGCAUGUGUUUGGGUGUUUGAAUCUGGCUGCUGGAAUUAUCCACGGACUUGUAGAAGCUGCAAAUCACAUCAUUUUUUUUUAUUAAAUCUUGAAACACAGCUGGAACAGUAACAUUUUUUCCCCCGAAGUAACCACUUUAAAACACAAAAAGGCAGUUUUGCUUCAUGUCAUGAAUGCCCUCACCUCACUAACUAUAAAAGGGCAGAGAAACUUGUCAUUCACACUUUGUUGCUGAACUGGCCUUUUUUUAAUGCCAACAACUUGCUUUUUUGAUUAACAUACAGUUUUGUACUGUCAUGAUAACUCCAAAAAUGAAUAGGUGUAUGCUUGGAAAAUAGCAAGUGGAAUAUAAAGCAUUGCAAGUAGAAUAUGCAAGUGAGAGAGAGCAAGCCUUAGGGUCCUAAAACAACAUUCCUCUUGGAGGCUUCCGUUGUGAUUUGCCAAGAUAGUGACAGAUGUAAUAACAUAAUGGACCCUGAGAUCCAAAUGCCUGGAGAGUGUCAUUAAUAACUUUCAGCUCUCUCAGCUGCCACAUGAAUGUGCCUUCUCACUCCUGUAUUUCAGUCUUCAGAAUUUCUCUGCUUCUGGACAUGAUGCAUUUAAACUAAUCUCAUUGUUAACAGAGAAACAAAAUAAUAGUGAAGUAGGAGUAGACUUGUGACAAAACCGCUCUAGGAUCCUUUUCUUAGUGACCAGAAGCAUAUGCUUCAGAAGAAGGUAAAAAAAAAAAACAAAAACAAAAAAAACCCCUACAGAGUCUGUUCUAGGAUAGUCUUUGUGUAGCACAAACUUGAGCAAUUGGGUAUAGAGAUCCCAUGAACAGUUCCUGCGGUCAAUUUGGCGUUCUUCCCAGAGACAAUUCCAGCAAUCCCUCCUAGAGUUUUAUUUCAUUUUAAGUAAAUUUUAUUUCACCAAAAAUUGCGAUUUCUUCCUCUGUUUCUCCUCACCACUGCCAUCGUUCAUGAUUUCCCUUCUGGAGGAGAGCUUUCAGCUAUGCACAUUUCUCUGGUAUGGGCAGAAAUGCUUCCACUUCACCAAGCUUUUAAUUUUAUGCCUUUUGUCUAGGUGGCUUUUUACUGUUCUUUCUAAUUGGUUGUCAAAUAGGCAAGGACCUUUGUAAAAGUGCUCUCUGUAAGCACCUUGGUGCAACUCUGCAAACUGAAAGUCAGGUUUUCUAAAUGUGGGCUGGCCAGGAACCAGAGUUGAUAAGAUAGAGGUGAGGUUUUUAGUUCCUUUUUUCAUCUGGAUUUGAAAUCAGUUUGAAAAUCCUGUGCCCUUUCUUAAGUAUGAGGGCCAAAUGAAGAUAGAACAGGUUUCCUCCUGCAAUUCAGGAUCAGGAUUUGACUUUUCUUGUGAGGCACAACGUGGGCUCAAGCUUUCAGCAUAAGGUUUAUUGUUCAAAACAAACUGUCUAGAAACAAUCUGAUGGAGGGUUUCUGGCAGAAGGUCUGACCUGCUAAUAGCAAUAAUAUCUAGCAUCGCUUCAAACCCUUUUAAAUUGAACAGCUGCUCCUUCUUUUAGGUCUGGGCAAGCCUGGACCAAUAUCUGAAUGUGAAAGGUAAUGCUGAAGUCCAUGGUUUCCUCUGCUGAGUUGGGCACGUUUUUGGCUGAAUGUGACCUUUUCAGCCACUAAUAAUUCUAUUUGAGAAUGGUUAUUUCCACUGUGUGAGCUGAACACGAGUGUGGGCUCUUAGCAGAAUGACUUUCUAGGGCUUGCCUUUGUCUGCAUGCAGUCAGAUGUGAUACUCUCAAAGUGCGUUUCAUCUGAAGUUCACGUCAACAGUAACAUGAAUUUUGAAUGAAAACCACUUUGAGAAAUGGUGAAUAUAGGUCGUGAGAAGUAUCAGUCUUUUCAUGUUAUGCAGUCUUCCUUGUUCAUCUGUGGUUUCUGGGUUUUGUUUUUUUGGUUGUUUUUUUUUUUCUUUUGUUCUGCUCCUGUGAGGAGAAAGAGAAGCUCUUAAAAAUAUGGUGGUGAGAGCCCCUUCAAAGAAAUGCUUUUCUUCGGCAGCCUCACAAAAGAGGGACUGAAGACUUUAUUGCAGCAUAUUGCUGGCUUUUAUGCAGGACAGCUGCAAAAGGAAGCCUGUUUGAGAGACUCCAGCGGGAACAUGGAACAAACCUUUUUACUGCCUCUGUUCCAUAACCGGUCCCCCAGCUUUCUUGCUCUCUCACACUGCCAACUUCCAGAGCUAGUCAUGCGAUUUAUAUCUUUGCACAGAAUUCUCUUGAGGAUGCUGGGAAAUAGCUUUGUUUAGGCUGUUGUGUGCAGAACCUUUGAAGGGUUGUGCCUGAUGUUAGGCCUGAUCAGUGCAAAAAAUAUGUACAGCAACCCUGGAGUAAAAGUGGAAUGCCCCAAGGUCAGAUCCUCAGCACCUGAGAAAUCCCAAAGCUUACGAUGACUUACACUGCCCAAGAAGCUUAUUGCUGGAGCUGAGCAGAUAUGAAGGCUGCAUCAUUUGUUCCUUAUCAAAACAGAGCUUCUUCUCCAGAACAACAGCCUCAGCCUCGCCCCUAUCAAGGUGUCCGUGUCAAAGAGCCGGUGAAGGAGCUAUUGAAGAGGAAACGGGGAAAUGUUCAUAAUGCCAAUGCAACGGCUGCUACAACGGUUGUUUUACCCCAUCAGCCGCUUCCUUCAUAUUCACCAAUAGGCCAGCCUUGCAUUGAUAUGGAUGUUGCUGCCUCUGCAUUGCCUGUCACAGAUGAAGGAGCGCUCUGUUCUGGUUGGCUCUCCCAGCCCUCUCCCACAUCCUUACAGCCUUUAACUCAGUGGACCACUUACCCCGAUUAUGUGUCCCAUGAAGCAGUCAGCUGUCCAUACACAGCAGAUAUGUAUGUUCAGCCCAUGUGUCCCAGCUACACGCUUGUUGGACCUUCAUCUGUUCUGACUUACGCUUCUCAACCGCUGAUCACCAAUUUUGCACCCAGAAGCACCACCCCGGCAGUAGUGCCUCAGCUCGAGGUGACGGAUCAACAGGCACCCCUCACGUAUUUCCCGUGGGCACAGCCCCUCUCUGCGCUGCCAGCCUCCACCUUGCAGUACCAGCCGGCUUCCUCCGCGCUUCCCGGGCCGCAGUUCGUACCCUUGCCAAUCUCCAUUCCCGAGCCAGCCCCCCAGGAGCUGGAGGAUGCCAGGCGAGUCAUUGGCACGCUGCCCAUUGAGAAGCUGCUUCUGGAAGAUGAAGACAAUGAUACAAUUCUACAUAUUUAUGCAGCUAAAGGUAUGAGGGCGUUUACGCUGGCAGCUGCAGAACGAAUGAAAGAGCUGCAAAGACUUGAUGCCAAGGAGCACAGAGGAAAGACUCCUCUGCUGGUGGCUGUCACGGCCAGACAGCCAGCUAUUGUCUGCGAUUUGAUCCAGAUAGGAGCAGAUGUUAAUGCUGUAGACAACAAAGGACAGUCAGCUUUACAUCUUGCUGCAACAUAUGGGUAUGCCCAGGUUCUCCAGGUUAUACUGUCACUAGGUUUCCCUCUUGAUUUAGAAAUGAAGGAUUUUGAAGGCCAUACCCCGCUGCACUGUGCCGUUCUGGCCCAUAACGCCCUGCUCCGGGAGCAGCAGUGCCGCCACACCAUGGCGGAGCAUCGGCAGAAGGAUGUUCAGCGCCAGAGUGAAGAGCUGGAGUCCUGUAUCCACCUCCUGGUGCAGACGGGAGCCUCCAUCUACAGCCGGGAUGUGAAAAGCAACAAGACAGUUCUUCAUUAUACAGUCCAGGAUGGAAACAUCUCCCUGCUCAGAUACUUCUUGGAGCUGAACUCUUUCAAGUCCAAGGAUUUUGUCAACAACAAGGCUCACGGCAACACAGCUUUGCAUAUGGCAGCUGCAUUGCAUCAUGACAAGAACCAGAAAGAAAUCAUCCAGUUGCUCCUUGACCACGGGGCAGACCCGAGCAUCCGAAACUUAGACAACGAUCAGCCAAUCCACAUGGCUCCUCCUGGGAAGGCUGGGGAUCAGAUAAGGCAUUUGCUGAAGAAAGGGAGAGUUGCAUCUGCAUUUGUUUCCUGUCACCGAAAUGCCAGAUCAUAGGUUGCCUGCAGUUUCUGGCCUGGCUUCAACUUCAGCUUGCUGGUUGCACAAGGUCUUUUAAAAAAGCUGUGAGGAUGGUCAACCAGAGUGUCUCUGUCCCUAGAGUUUUUAAACCAAGGUGACGUGACAGUGUUUCUCAACCUGUGGACCACUAGCAGCAUGUAAUGUAUCAUAGAUGGACUUCGAAAUGAUUGAAAGCUUUAUGGCAAAAGAACUGACAAGCCUCAAACAUACUGUAUUGCUUGUAAGCAAGAAGACAAGCAAAAUGAAUGGCUGCUACAUAGACGUACAGCCAAACUUUGAUUUCGUGGCAAUUGAAAACUGUGGUGGCAAGAGAACACAAGACUGUCCUUUAGAUAAAAAAGGCUGAGAAACACUGCUCUAACACAUGCUAGAACUGUGCCUCUUGUUAGGUCCUGUACAGAGGUACUGGGUGAAACGCUGAAGCCUUUGUGGUGUGCAGUUAUCCCAACUGUCCCUGCUAGCCUGAAAAUGCCAAGCCAGGCCAAGGAGUUAUCCUUGGCAUGGCUGUAUCACGUCUGAGUGAGCAGAAGAACAUCUGAGCACAGCACCUUCAAGUGAGAGUUUCUGGAGUUGCUGCUAACCCCUUUCUUGGCACUUCGUGGAGGAAAGCUGAAGCAGCUCGUCGUUGCUACAGUCCCUCACCCCGCUCUAAGAAAGGAAAACAGAUGUCUGUAAGAGUGAGUGUGUGGGGCAGGCUCCCAGCAGCGGUGGUUCGUGUGGCUCCUGAGAGCUUCCCAGUGGAAGGGAUGCUUCCGAGACAUCUGAUCUGAGCCAGCUCUGAUGGCAAAGCGCAGUGGAAAGUGUGGCUCUGAAAGCACCCUGGAGCGGGGACCUGAACCCGCGUUUGAGCUCAUGCCUUGCAGUGCAGGAGAUGGAGUCCUCAACAGCAUUUAGGGAUGGACGUGGCAGAAAAGCUUUGAGUGGUGUGGGCCUGAGCACAGGAUCAAGGUGCAAUGUGGAAAGUGCUCUCCUAUUCCUUUGCUUAUCUUAGGGGGCAUUUUAAUAGAUUCUUAUUCUUUCUGUGAAAUGAUUUGUGAAUUGCUGUGCAAUCAACCAGCAAUGAUGUCUCUGCUGGGUCACCAGGAGUGAAAGUAAAUGCCUAAGGGGAGGGAAAGCUAUGUUUUGACAACCCAUUCACGAAGGGUGGCUUAUCUCUAGUGAGUGUUCUGAAUUUGCUGUUUUUUCAGUGUUGCACAAGUUAUUUCUUCUAACAGGACUGAACAAAAAGGUAAAGGGCAGAUCCUCUUAAAUCACUGCAGUAACUUCCUUGAUCAUCCACUGACUGACUCCUCUGCAAGACUGGGGUUUCUAAAGCACUUGUGAGUUUUGCAAACCUAGACUGUUUAAACAACUGUUUAGCAGGCUGGAACAAAAGCUCUUAAGAAAUGCAGAUAUCCUGAUUAGAGAUCUCUGUGACUUUCUCAGCCCUCCUCCUUGCUGUUUUUGCUACUGGUUCUCAGUACAUCAUGCCUACAAACCUGCCAACAUCCUCUGACAAAAAAAGUAGACUUGUAUUUGCAUGUGUUUGCAUAAAUUUGCAUACAUCUGGGCACAGGCCAGCUAAAGCAUGUGCUUUCUUACUUUGAAGCGAUGCUGUAACAAGCCCUGGAUCAAGUGAUAACUGCAUUUGUGACUCAGUGCUAUGUGUCAAGUCAAAAAUGGUCAAUAAAUUAUCUAUUUCUUGAACUUGCUAGCAACAGAAUUGUAAAUCUGUGACUAAGACUUGGCAUGGGAUGCACUAGGGAACAUCCCUCUUUGCAUAAAAGCUUUUUGCCUUCUAGAAGUGUCUGUGAGAUGACAGAAGUUCUUCUGCAGCAAGUGAAAAAAAUACAUGAGCUCUUCUCCAGAAUGGUUGAUGUCUUUAUCGUUUCACCUGCCCAUAUUUAAUACAGAGCAACACGACUGGGGAGUUGUAGUCCGUAAACAUCGCCAUCUCCAGCAUAUCAGGGAAAAUACCGCUCUGGGAAGGGAUGGAUGUAGCUCCGCUCCGAGCACCUCACUGGCCGCCUGUGUUCCUCAGAGGUGAGAGAUGACAUUUGCAGAGGGAAGAUCCCGUGACUGACCCAGAAAAGAUUCCUUCUCACUACAGACAUCUCCUUGUUCAGCUUCCCAAAGUUCGUGCAUCAGAGACCUGCUCCGAAGCCAGCCACAAUCAACGAACUGUUCGUAUUGUCUUUGGACAGGAUCCAUGAGACAGCUGGUGGCUGCCGCUUCCCCGUGCAUGUAAAGCACCUUUCCCUUUCCCUGUCAAGCCAGCCGACUCCUGGCCUGUGUAUCAAGGAAAUUCCUUCUAAGGCCCAAAAUGGGUCUGGGUGUUAAGUCUUCUGUGCUGGGGUGAAUUUCAUUGACUUGGGUAGUAUCUUAUUUCGCAGUUCAUCUUUCAAUUUUGUUGUGACUGUUUCGGGGAGAAUGUUCCUUGUAUAACUUUAGCAGUACUGGCAGUGUGUGAUUCCCCUUUAUUUGCACAGUUUAUUCCUUCCUACCUGUGGCUUUGGAUAAGUUGCUAAUAACAAAGGCUUGUUAUCACUAAACAAAUGUUCUGAAGUGGUACCACGGAAAAGUCACCAGUUGGUUGGUAAGGAAAAUUUUUUUGAUCAAAUACUCUGUGUAACUGGAAAAGAACCUGAAAAUAAGAACCUUUUAUUUUCUCUGAAAUUGUGUGUUAUUUCUGGGGUCGUUUAUGGCUUUUGUAAG